AUGACGGCUGCACCUUGCAAGAUGCAUGGAAUUCCGCGCCUUGCGGCGGCAUUUAAACAUCAUCAAAUUUUUCGUCAGAAAGUUGCCCUUUUGGUCUCACUUCCUCUCUUCACCACCUCCCGUAGCCCUCAUCUUGCAGAGAACACUAGACAUCUCUUCUCUCUUCCUCUUGUCCUUCCCAACUUUGAGAAGCUCAGUGAUCUGUUGGAUCUGCUCCGACGUAGCGUAAUGGAUAUUAUUCAAGAUAUUUUUGUCCCGCAGCCUUCUGAUGUGCCUAGAUCGGCAAAUGAUGAGGAAAUACUUCCUGAAGCUAGUGAGAUUUUUCCUCUGGCCUCAGACACAGAAAAUAGCGGUGCUCUAGCAUUGCAGAGUCAAAGUGACAUAAAGAGCCAGCCGCGCUUUAUUAUGGUUGUUGCCAUUGGAUUACUGGCAACGUUUGGGGGGUUAACCAUUGGAUGUGCCUUUGGUGUCACAGGUGGCCUUACUGGGGUAGAAAGAUUCCUCUUGAAGUUCUCGCGAGGACUUCACAAAAGACAAGUAAAAGCCACCACAAACAUUUUUUGUGCUUUUACUAGUUUCCUACUACUCCUCUUCGCGAAUGUAGUUCCUCUUUCUGCUCUUCUAUCUGUAUGGCCUUCAUAUAGAUUGGCCCAUUCUUGGGGCCGCAGGCCGGUCCUUAUUUGUGGAUCGGCACUUGUAGUUUUGGGAAGCCUACUGACGGCUUGGUUUCCCAAUAUUAUCAUCGAAUUCACCGGGUUAGCUGUUACGGGAUGUGGCGUGGGGUUCCUAUAUCAGGUAAUUCCCAUCAUAUGCCACGAAACUAGUAUAGGAAAUGCCAAAGAUUGUGCGUCCUUUGAUUUCUUCUACAUGCUCAUAUGUGGAAACACUGUGGCGAAAGGAAUAAAUCUUGCUGCAUCCGGCAAUUACAUAGAUGGAUGGCGGUGGAGUCUUUUUGCAUAUGGCAUUUUCUCCUUUCCAGUAUUUCUACUAUCAGUUCUGCUUCCGGAGACACCACAAUUUCUUAUCAAGCAAGGCAGAGUGGAGGAGGCAAAAGUAGUCUUGAAGAGGAUACGAAGAUCUGGAGCAGAAGCAGAGCUUCAACAGUUAGCUCACGUGAUUGAAAAUGAAGACAGAAAGCCUUGGCAGAAGCUCCUACACUCACCGGUUUUGGUAAUUAAUGUAGCGGCACAAAUUUUCCAGCGGCUCUUAGGCUUAGACUCCAUCAUGUUUUUCGGGCCUCUAUUCUUACAGUCCAUAGGAUAUAAGUACCAUGCUGCAUUUCUAGCUUCAUUCCUAGGUGGUGCGAUUCGAGCUGGAGUGGCUGGACUUGCAGUUUUGAGUUAUAGAUUCUUUGGGCGACGAAGAACUCUACUUUUUGCAUGUGCAGGGAUUCUUGUCUCCGAGAUUUCCUUGUUUUUUGUAUUCCAUGGAGCAAAUCCUGUAGUCCAUCUAAAGCAACAGUCAGACUACAUUGCCAUUGCCGCUAGCAUCCUCCUCAUAGGGUGCUAUUCUUUGCAUUCUAGCCCUCGGGAUUGGACAGAGGCAUCAUACCCCGAUGAUAUUCGAGCUUUAGGUGCAUGUUGCGAGGCAACGGUAUUUUUUUUCAUGACAUUAGUCAUGAAUUUUGUUACGUUGCCUCUCAUUUGUGCCUUGCAUGUGUGGGUAUUCGCUUUCCUUGCUGUUGUGGUUAUCUGUGUAGGAUUCAUAAUUUACAAGUUCCUACCAGAGAUAGGAAAGAAGGAAGGUGAGCUGCCAGAAGCAGAGAUCUGGAAGCUGCAUUGGUUUUGGAAGAAAGUACUUCCAAAAGAAGACAGUGGCACUAGAGUGUAG